UUUUUGGGAGAGGCAUUUCGUUCGUUAAACCCUGGGAUUCCGAAUGCGCUCGCGGGAGCAGGUAGCAUAGCGCAGGGGUUUUGAUCGAAAGCGAGUUCCUCGGUCGUUUGAUCUCAGUGGAUUCGAAUUCUCUGGAAGCAGCUGCUGGAGUGAUGCUUCUCAAGUUUUGACUGCUCCGCCAGAAUGGUGGCAGAAACGAAGCCUUCGAUUUUAGAGACUGAAAGCAAGGCAAACAUUCGGAAAGUGAAAUUCGAGGAGAGCUGCAAGGCUGAUGGGGAUCUUAAAUACGCUGAUCCCCGAGUGGCCUUUGAGAAAGAGUUGUAUGGCGGAAAGCACUUGGAAGUGCCUUUAAGGAGUACUGUGGAUAAAUUUGCUUUGCUGCCUGCGUUCUUGAAGGUGAAGGGCCUGGUGAAGCAGCACAUCGACUCUUUUAACUACCUCAUUAAUUGUGAAAUAAAGAAAAUUAUUCACGCCAAAGCAAAUGAGAAAAUUACAUCUGAUGUGGAUCCUAAUUUUUAUCUCAAAUUCACGGACAUAUUUGUGGGGAAGCCUUGCGUGGAGCAGGAUUAUAUUGUGGAGGAUAUUACCCCUCAUCAAUGUCGUCUUCGGGACAUGACGUAUGCCGCUCCUAUCAGUGUAGAUGUGGAGUACACACGAGGAAAGGAGAUCGUAGUCCGGAAAGGGAAAGACGGCCAGGGUGCCUUGGUCAUCGGAAGAAUGCCACUCAUGUUGAGAAGUUCUCGCUGUGUACUGUACGGGAAGAACGAAGCUGAACUUGCAAAAUUAGGCGAGUGCCCCUUGGAUCCAGGUGGUUACUUUGUUGUGAAGGGUACGGAAAAGGUCAUUUUGAUUCAAGAGCAACUGUCAAAAAAUCGAAUUAUCAUCGACACUGACAGUCACGGCAAUGUAGCAGCUUCCGUAACAAGUAGCACACAUGAGCGAAAGAGUAAGACAAAUCUCGCCGUGAAGCACGAAAAGAUUUAUCUGCGGCACAACACUUUCGGUGAUGAUAUUCCUAUCGUUAUUGUCUUGAAAGCCAUGGGAGUGGAGAACGAUCAGGAGAUUGUUCAAAUGGUGGGAAGAGAUCCUAAAUACGCAGGCAUACUUGCCCCAUCGAUGCAGGAAUGUGUUUCGUUAUCUAUCUACUCACAGCAGCAGGCCCUUGAGUAUCUUGGUUCAAAGGUUAAAUCAAGUCGGAAUAUGUGGGUCAAAGCCAAGAGAUCGAAGGUCGACGAGGCUCGAGAUAUUCUCGCCAAUGUUGUUUUAGCGCAUGUUCCUGUUAUUCAAUAUGAUUUUCGUAAUAAGUGUAUCUACAUUGCAGUUAUGAUCAGAAGAAUGCUAGAAGCAAUGCUGAACUCAGAGGCUGUCGACGACAAGGAUUACGUUGGAAAUAAAAGGCUCGAGCUUGCUGGGCAGCUUCUCGCCCUUUUGUUUGAGGAUUGUUUUAAGCGUAUGAAUGGAGAAUUAAAGAAGCACGUCGACAUAACUCUGUCCAAAGCUAACAGGUCCACCCAGUUUGAUAUUGCGAAGUGUAUGAGACCUGAUUUUCUUACAAGCGGUUUGGAGCAUGCAAUUUCAAGUGGUAAUUGGACUGUGAAAAGGUUCAGGAUGGACAGAAAAGGUGUGACGCAGGUUGUUUCGAGGCUUUCCUUCAUAGCUGCCUUGGGCCACAUGACACGAAUUACAUCCCAGUUCGAAAAAACCCGCAAAGUCAGUGGACCACGAGCGCUGCAACCCAGUCAGUGGGGAAUGCUUUGCCCUUGUGACACUCCUGAAGGGGAAGCCUGCGGGCUUGUUAAGAAUCUGGCGCUAAUGACACAUGUUACCACUGAUGAAGACGAGGGUCCAAUUAUUGCUUUGUGUACGACGUUAGGAGUUGAGGAUUUGAGCAUGCUUUCUGGAGAAGAGCUUCAUGCUGGGAGCACGUUCAUUGUAUUUUUCAAUGGAACAAUUCUCGGAGUUCACAGAAGACCACUGCGUUUUGCAGAUCACUUGAGGAAAUUGAGACGUGCUGGGAAAAUUGGAGAAUUUGUAAGCUUACAUGUGCACUCUGGGCAGCGCUGUAUUUACAUUGCUUCCGAUGGAGGGCGUGUGUGCCGACCUUUAGUAAUUGCAGAUAAAGGAGUUUCUAGGGUGAAAGAACAUCACAUGAAGGAGUUAAAGGAUGGAUUUCGCACGUUUGAAGACUUUCUGCGGGAAGGACUUGUUGAAUUUUUGGAUGUGAACGAGGAGAAUAAUUGUCUGAUUGCCCUAUAUGAAGCGGAUGCAACACCUGCUACGACUCAUAUAGAGAUCGAACCGUUCACUAUUCUGGGAGUUUGUGCGGGGCUCAUCCCUUAUCCACAUCACAAUCAAUCUCCUCGUAAUACUUACCAAUGUGCUAUGGGAAAGCAGGCGAUGGGCAAUAUCGCUUACAAUCAGCUCUCUCGAAUGGACACACUCCUUUACAUGCUGGUGUAUCCGCAAAGGCCUCUCCUUACUACGAAGAGCAUUGAGCUUGUUGGUUACGACAAACUUGGGGCAGGGCAAAAUGCAAGUGUUGCAGUGAUGAGUUACAGUGGUUAUGAUAUUGAGGACGCCAUUGUUAUGAACAAAUCAUCGCUCGAUCGUGGAUUUGGCCGCUGUAUUGUCGUGAAAAAGUACUCUACGAGCUUGAAGAAAUAUCAAAAUCGAACUGCAGAUCGAAUUGUUGCCCCACAAAUGAUUGCGACCGGAAAGAAUAAUAUCAUGGCUGUUGCUAGUCGCUGCCAGCUACAAGAUCAAGAUGGUAUUGCAGCUGUUGGGGAGAUGAUACGUCCUGGAGAUAUCUACGUUAACAAGCAGAGUCCCAUCAACACACGAGAUGAUGUCCCGAAUCCUAUGGCAAUGAAAGACAGCGCUUACAAACCGACCCCUCAAACCUACAAAGGGCCGCCUGGAGAGUGCGCUGUUGUGGACAAGGUGCUUCUUACCUCCAAUGAUGAAAAUCAUUUCAUGAUCAAGGCCCUUAUUCGACACACUCGGCGACCGGAAAUUGGAGACAAGUUUAGUAGUCGCCAUGGACAGAAAGGUGUUUGCGGCACAAUCGUGCAACAGGAAGAUUUCCCUUUUUCUGAGAAGGGUGUCUGUCCUGAUCUCAUCAUGAAUCCUCACGGAUUUCCAAGUCGAAUGACUGUUGGGAAGAUGAUAGAGCUUCUAGGAGGUAAAGCCGGCGUAAUGAGCGGGAAGUUCCAUUAUGGAAGUGCUUUUGGUGAACCUAGUGGUCACGCAGAUACUGUACAUGCUAUCAGUAAUACGCUUAUCAGAAACGGAUUCAGCUAUAGCGGCAAGGACUUUAUUUACUCAGGAAUUACUGGACACCCGCUGCAGGCGUAUGUUUUCAUGGGGCCGAUCUACUACCAGAAACUGAAGCACAUGGUUCUUGAUAAGAUGCAUGCACGUGCUCGAGGUCCUCGGGUGGUGUUAACAAGGCAACCAACAGAAGGAAGGAGUCGUGAAGGAGGUUUGAGACUCGGAGAGAUGGAGCGAGAUUGUCUGAUUGCUUAUGGAGCGAGCAUGAUGAUCUUGGAGCGACUUAUGAUUUCGAGUGAUCAGUUCCAGAUCCAGGUCUGUACAGUAUGUGGACUGUUGGGACAUUACAACCAUAACCUGAAGAUGAGUUAUUGUUCAUCGUGUAAGAAUGGUGCAAGUAUUGCAACUAUGAAGCUACCAUAUGCCUGCAAGCUUCUCUUCCAGGAGCUUCAAUCCAUGAACAUCUGCCCUCGCUUGACAUUGUCUGAAGCAUAGGGGAAUCUCAGGAUAUAUGACAGUAGAAGUAGAACUAGUAACUAACAAUACAGACAAGCGACCCGAAGCAAGCUCAAAUGCGGGUAGCUUGAAGAACUGUACAUAGAGCUCGGAAAUGUAUCCCAUUUAGUUCUUUGACUAUUCUGUACCGUAUUGUAGAAAGCUCCGUCACCAACGUUUUGCCAAUUACAGGUCGAUUCGGUUUAUGUUUGAAGUUUCAAAGUGGAGGGUAAUCAAUCUCGGUUGAUGUGGAUUUGAAGUCGCAUGUGAAUAUACUUCAAACACUUUGAUUGACUGAUUGAU